AUGCCGCGGCACUGCAAGGAGCAGGGAUACCCAGUGCUCCUGGGUGUCUCUGCUGCUGGCGGAGGAGAUGGAGUGCCCCAGACCAUCGCACUGACCCAAACCCAGCGAGCGUGCGCCGAGUUGACGGAACCCGGCCUGCGCCAGCGCCCACCGCCCGCCCCCGUGCCAGCCGCCAACAUUGAGCAUGGUGUGAUUAACGCCACCUGGCACGUUUCGGUCCCUCCGCUGGCCAAAAAAGCGCCACGCGAGCCUCCCCCGCAGGCCUGCACGCCCGCGGGGCCCGUGCUGCGGCAGAUGGGGAGCCGGCAGUGCGCCGAGGCGGCGCUCGCCUCAGCGCUGUGCCUCCCCGCGCGCGGUGCCGGCGAGGGGAUAACGGGGCCUCGCUUCCCCCAGCCCUCCGAGCGCUGCCUUCGGCAGAGCCAUCAAAGGAAGGCCGCGCUUGCCGAGCAUUUUGUCCUCCUGAAAGACAUUCUGUUCUUCGUGACGGAGUCCCUGGCGCGGCUCGGAGAAGCCCAGCAGGAACAGCCGGCUUUUGCUUGCCGGUUUGGGCUGCAAGAUUGCUACUCCGGAAGGAGGAUCGCAUAUGAAAUCCGCACUGGGAAGGUGGCCCAGGUCUGCACCUGCGUGUCCCGGGAGUGGGACUCCGCUCUGGUCUCGGGUCUGGAAGGUGGCAGCUCCUUUAACCAAGGAGAAAAUGCCAAAAUAGCGAGAACCACAGUGAUAACUGUUCUGAUUUUUUUCCUCCUUUCCUCCUCUUGCUGUCCACUCGCUGUUGCCCAAGUGCAGCAGGACCUGCCAGCCCGGACGAACAUCUCAGCACCCACCUCCCCAGCACUGACCCGAGAUGCUCUCCACACCAAGAUGGAGCAGCUGGAGGAGCAGCUCCUGUCCAAGAUCCUGACGCUGCAGAAGGAGCGCCAGGCAGCCAACAGUGACCACAGCCAGCAGCAGCACGACAUCGAGAAGGAGCUGAACUCCCUCCAGAACCGAGUUGCUGAGCUGGAGCACGGGCCACCAACCUUCAGCCCUCCUGAUGCCUUCAAGGUGACCAUCCCUGUGCAGAACAACUACAUGUACGCACGGAUGAAGAAGACUCUGCCAGAGCUCUAUGCCUUCACCAUCUGCAUGUGGCUGAAGUCCAAGGCCUCGGGUGGCCUCGGCACCCCUUUCUCCUACUCUGUCCCAGGGCAGGCCAACGAGAUUGUGCUGCUGGAGUGGGGCACCAACCCCCUGGAGCUGCUCAUCAACGACAAGGUUGCCCAGCUGCCCCUGAGCCUGAAGGACAAAGCCUGGCACCACAUUUGCGUGGCAUGGACCACCCGAGAUGGCAAGUGGGCGGCUUACCAGGAUGGCACGCAGCGGGGUGCCAGCGAGAACCUGGCCUCCUGGCACGCCAUCAAGCCCCAGGGGGUGAUAAUCCUUGGCCAGGAGCAGGACACGCUGGGUGGCCGGUUUGACGCCACGCAGGCCUUCGUCGGGGAGAUCGCACAGUUCGGCAUCUGGGACCACAUGCUGGCGCCGGCGGACAUCCAGGCCAUGGCCAACUGCACCUCCCGCCUGCAAGGCAACGUGAUCCAGUGGGAUGACCAGGCAGUGGAGGUGUUCGGCGGCGCCGGCAAGGCGAGCUUCACGGCGUGCGAGGAGAGGAUGAAGGCGUGAGCAGCCCCUCGCCCCCCAGCACCCAUGGGAAGGAACAUGGCAGUGACCCCCGCCCCGUCCUGUCCUCUC